AUGGUCACUAUCCCUCGAACCCCUUCCAAACGUGGUACUGUCAUUGGUUUUCACAAAGCUGGCCUCACACUUGGUCAGAUUGCUCGCAAGCUAGGCUGGCCUCGAUCUACCGUCCAAUAUACAGUCGAAAGAUACAAACAAUACGACACUGCCUACGAUCGCCCACGCCCAGGACGCCCUUCCAAGAUGGAAAGAACUACUCGUCGAAUUAUCCGUGAUAUCACCCAUCAUCCCCAAGUUCCCUUCGGCUCUAUUGCCUCCACAUACAACCUCAGUGAACCCACCAUCCGCCGCAUUGCAGCCAGACAUGGUCUCCACCGCCGAGUCAUGCGCCGUACCCCUUUCUUACGCCCACAAGCAAUCAAAAAGCGGAUCAAUUGGGCAAAGGAUAAUGUAGGACAGGAUUGGAGCCGAGUUAUCUUCACAGAUGAGAUGUCUUUGGAGUUGGGACUUGCAAGGCGUGCUUAUACAACUCGAGGAGGUGGACAGGCGUUUGAUUUGAAACAUCUUCAACCAACAUUUCGAUCUGGGAGGAAGUCUAUCAUGGUAGGGGGUGCUAUGGCACAUAAUCAUAAAUUCCCUCUCAUUCUUCUUCCUCCUGGAGGACUCAAUGCCGCUCGCUAUUCCGAGAUUGUCUUACCAAAGCUGAAGGAGUAUGAAGAGAUAUUGUCUGCAGAGAUUGACCGAAUGCAAAAGCGUGAUACACUUGGUCUCCAUUCACUUAUCCACCCUCCCUCAUCUCCGGAUGUUAAUCCUAUCGAGAAUCUCUGGUCAAUGGUGAAGUACAAGGUUAGCAAGCGCCUUCCAAGAGCGACAAACGUGGAGCAGUUGUUUGAACAUUGUGUGGCGGAGUGGGAAGCUAUAGACAUGGAUAUUGUCAACAAGGUGGUGGCUAGCAUGCCAAGGAGGGUUGAGGCUGUCAAGCAUGCUAAGGGGUACGCUAUCAAGUACUAA